AUGAGCAUCCACGCCGACCUGCUGGGUCUCGACAGCCAAGACACGCUGCCCGUGGUCUCGAUUUCGGCCUCGCAGUCCCUCAACGCUUCUGCGAGCACCCGAGACCCAAUCAGUACUGGCCUUGUGCGUCUGGAUACGGCCCUCGAUGAGGCGAGUUCGCAGCGUCCCGGCGGGAUUGUGCGAGGGCAGCUCACCGAGGUGUUUGGACCACCGGGGGUAGGGAAGACAUCGCUGGCGCUCACCAUUGCAUGCAAUGCGCUGCGAGAUGCGGGCAAAGUCGUUUGGAUCGAUACGGGUUCUCCUGUGCCAGGCCCCCGUCUCAUGUCAAUGAGCUCUGAUCUUGACAACCUGGCCUACUUCCGGGCGCCUACGCUGCCGCAUCUACUAGCACUUCUUGUCCGGCCGCCGCCGAACUUCCCACCCAACGACACUGCCCUGGUGGUGAUCGAUUCGGUGUCUGGGUUAUUUCCAGCAUAUUUCCCCAACGCAGCCGAGCUCAAGGACCGGCUGGCGCAGGGCAAAAUCACCGACAAGCCGCAGCUGCAGUGGCUGCUGAAUCGCAAGUGGAAUGUCGCCGGCGAGCUGGCCACUCAUCUGGCGCGCCUGGCCGCGCGCAACAUCGCCGUUUUGGCUCUGAAUCAGACCCAUACGAAGAUCAAGGGCCAGCCGCGUGCGACCUUGCAUCCUGUUCUGGCGGGCGGUGCCUGGGAGAGCAAUGUGCAGACGCGUAUCAUGCUCUACCGUGACCUGCCCGAUACUCGGUUGGCUGAAAUCACCAAGCGAGCGGGCCGGGUUUUGCCUGUGCGGUCGGCUGACUUGAUUGUGCCAUUUCGAAUUGAAUUUAAUGGUCUCCAUGAAUUGGACGAGCCAGAAGACGAGCGACAGAUUGAGCCACAAAAGCCACAGGAGUCGCAAGAUGUACAGGAAGAACAGCAACCGCAAUCCUCGGCGGUCCCCGACCACACUCCAAGCCGCAAGCGCAAGAUGGACGAGGUAGCCGACAGCCAGGAUGAAGACUCGGACGAAGAAUACCAAUGGAUGGACGAGGCAAUAGUUGACUCAGUCUAG